AUGGCCGACGAAGAUUUCCAAUCUCGCGUUGCGAAAAUCUUCGGAUCUCUCGCCUUCUCUCGUUCCAAUUCUUCUACCGUAUCCACGUCUUCUGCUCCGGCGUCGCGGCAGCAAUCGGGCUCGGUUUGGUCUCUCUCCGAUUCAGACGUGGAGAAGCGUGAGUGGAAGCGAGAACAGCUGGCUUCGUACGAUAGGGAAGAGAUGCCUUGUGCGUCGUCGUUCGACGAGUUAUUGAGACAACAGAGGAUCUCGACCAAUGGUCGGAAGCCGUGCGACGGUGAUCUCGAAGAUCUUGAUUGCGGCGAGGAUGAUCGAGUUGAAGGUGCUAACGAAGGUUUCGAUGAUGAUUGGAGUAUCAGAGCCUCGAUGGGUCUUGAUCGCACUCUCGACGACGAGGAAGAGGAAGAUGAGUUUGAUAAAGUUGCACUAGGGAAAGAGAGUGGCAGUGAAGGCUUGUCUGUUAUGAAUGAUGACCUUUCCAAAUCGUGUGGCGGGCGGAUUCGGGAUCCUCGUGCUAAUUAUGUGGCUGCUAAAAUUAGGCUGAUGGAAGAUGAAAUCGAGGCCAAAAAACUUAGCGCUUCUGGCGAUCAUUCCUCGAGAAGUAAAGACCCACCACACUCAGAUGAAUCAUCCAAAGCUGUUCCACCGAAACCUAUACUCAAAAGGAAGGAGACCAGUUCAGAUUCAGAAGCAAGGUCGAGUAAACGAGUCAGGUUUGAUUUUGUAUCUGAAGAAACAUCGAAGAAGCCUGAAGAUACUUGUUCAGCUUCUGCUUCCUCAAAAAGCGAAUCUCUUCAGGGUAAAGCUGAUCCUCGGGUACCAGAUUACUUGCAAAAUCCUUCAAAGUACACUUGUUACAGCUUUGAUCCAUCUUGUGAAUCGAAUGAGAAGUCCCCAACAGCAGAGUACAUGGACAUUCCCAAGGUUGUUGAAGGAAUGACAACUCUAGAGUCAGAAUCAUUCAAGAAAGUCUCCUUUAUUCCGCAGAAGAAGACGAAUGACCUAAAAGAAGACAGUAGUAACUGUAGUGAGACGAAGCCUAUAGUAGCUGAACAGGGGGCAGAAGAUGAGAGACCAAAUGCAACAGCAGAUGGGGAUACUGAGAUAGAAGAAUCAGAGAGCUGCACCAGUUUCCAAAGGAACGGUCGUCAAUACCGUGCCAAGCAAAGUUUAGAUGAAAAAGACGUCUGA